AUGGCCAUGACUGAUGAUUCCGGUGUAGAUGUAAUGAAGAUGAGGGUAUCUGAUGUUAGAGACUCCAACUUUCUAAGUCUGCUCUCUCCCACUCUCCAACUUCUGCCGAUAGCACUUCGAGCCCUAGAUCCCUUACACCUCCAUCAACCCUCAAACCUCAAACACCUAAUCUCACCAUACAACUGGUCCUCCGGCUACAAGUUCACAGUUACAGCCAUUUCAUGCAUCUCCACAAUCUUUGCCUCAUUCGCAGCAAGCUGCUACAGCCCGGGCGCUGAACAGAUGGCGAAUGAAUGGGAUGUGAGUCAAGAAGUUGUUAUCGUCGGUGUCACGACGUUUACCUGCGGAUUUGCUGUUGGACCGAUGUUCCUGGCUCCUUUUUCGGAGAUUAAUGGCAGAAAGCCUGUGUAUGUAGGAACGGCAAUUUUAUUUACGGUUUGUCAGUUGUAUUGUGCGGUUUGUAGGUCUUUUACAGGGAUGCUCGUAGCAAGGUUCUGGGCAGGCAUCGGCGGUUCAACAUUCUCAACGAUGGUCGGCGGCAUCGUUGCAGAUAUCUAUCCCGCGCAGAAACGCAAUACACCAAUGGCGUGUUUCUCCAGCGCGGCUCUGUUCGGCACUGGGUUGGGGCCACUGGUUUGUGGGUUUAUUGCAGAAUAUACGACAUGGCGGUGGAUUUUCUGUAUCCAGAUUAUCGUCGGAGGCAUGAUAAGCUGUGCUGUGAUUCUGUUCUUCCGCGAGACGCGCGUGACGGUUGUUUUGCGGAAGAAGGCAAAGUUGCUAAAUCAAUUAAUGGAGAAGCUCGAGGCUGCUGGUGUUUAUAGUGUCCAGGUUUCAGCAGAAAUAGAUAGAGAAGAUGGACCAUCUGAGAAGACAAUGCGCAUCCGAUGGAAGAUUGGUGCGGAGGAGAAACAGGCGAAUUUCGCAACGAUGAUUCAGACAUCCCUGCUGCGACCGUUCCAGCUCCUAUUCACCGAGCCCGUCUCUGUCUUGUACAUCAAGCUAUCAGUAAUCCCGCUAAUAUUCGAGAAAACCUAUGGAUUCUCCCUAUCCGAUUCGAACACAAUAUUCGCAGCAUCCUGCACAGGAACCCUACUAAUGACAACCAUUUCCAUCUUACAAGAACAACUCGCGACUCGUCAAAAGGGUUGGAACUCAGUACCCGAACAUAGACUGUAUUUCAGCUGCGUGGAGAGUAUAUGUCUACCAAUCGGACUGUUCAUCUUCGGCUGGACGCCGCAUUAUCACGUCCACUGGAUCGUACCGGCCAUUGGCGUAUGUAUUUCAACGGCGGGUAUAUUCUCCGUUUAUCUGUCUGUGUUCAAUUAUCUUACCGAUACUUAUCAUCAGUAUGCGAGCUCUGCUCUUGCUGCGCAGAGUUUCUGUCGGAAUAUGCUUGGAGGUGUGUUUCCGUUGGUUUCGAGGCAACUUUUUAGUAAUCUUACUUAUAGGCCAGCGGGGAGUUUAUUGGGUGGAAUUGGGGCUACGUUGACCUUGGUGCCGUGGGUUUUGGUUUUUAUGGGUAGACGAUUCGUGCGCAUAGCAAGUUGA